UGUAUCUUAACUUGUAUCAUUUGAAUGAUACACCCCAUAGAUCACUGUAUAUUACCCGUUAUUAUUUGAAUGAUACACUGUCUGAAUAGCUUAGCCUUUCCGUGAAUAAUGACCGGGGAGUUUGUCCUUUGAAUGUGGCACCAGUCGGGAUACCUGUUUCACUUUAAUGAAAACACUGUCGGAAUAGAUCUUUGCCUCUGUCUUUUGAUAUUGCACCACUGCUGGGAUUCUUGUAUCUUAACCAGGAGUAUAUCACUUUGAAUGAUACAGCCCGUAGAUCGCUGAAUACAAUUUUUUUUUCAAGGCUUUAUUAGUAAAACAAAUAAUACAUUUGUCAACAACAGAGUAUCUAAGCUACUAUUGUACAUGGAGUAAUUUGAAGUACUAGUGAAAUACACAAUAGGUAAUGCGCAUGGAAGAAGUAUCAUUGUCUAUAUAAUCAUUUCUCUCAUGUACUUAUACAGGCUAUUAUGUAUAACCAACAACACCACAUGGUUGCCACAAUUGUCAUGGAAUAAUUAUGAUACAUGUAGAUGGUUAUCAAAAACAACAAGUUACUUUUAACAUUCGGGACUUUUUCUUUCAUAACAAUGUAUAGUUUACAGUAUGUUAUAACACAGUAGAUCUAGACUGGACUAGAACUAUCAUAUGAGUUUACAUACUAUGGGUUUAACAGUUGUUGUUGCUUUUUAUGAGCUUAAAAAUCAUUAUUUAAGUAUUUAGAUCGCUGAAUACAUUGUGUAUUACCCUGUAUCAUUUGAAUGAUACACUGUCGGAAUAGCUUAGUAAGAGGUAAAUGCUAGUGUGUCUUAUUAAGAAGUCUGGCUCAAAUACAGUUAAGUUAUAUGUCACGCCUGGCAAUAUGACAGAUAAAACUUUCCUUCGGUCACUUGUAGUGCAAUGUCUCGCGGCUUGGGAUGAGCCAAUGAAGUUUAAUAAGAUAACUGAUAUAACCUCCUAGAUCUGGUCAGUUUCUGUCUAAAGUCUAUUGACUGAGAUACAUACGAUUCUCCAAACUGAGGGCACUCAAUCGGUUGUCACUGGUAGAGUAUUGCGUGUUUUGUUUUGGGUAGUUGGUUUGACCCGGAAGUAGACGGUAUACAUCGGUCACCUGGAAACCCCCAUACAGACCGUAAAACACAAGCUACCCUCGCCAUGAUGAGUACAUAGAAGGUCAACUUUGACGGAACUAAUCUCGUCUUCAACUACUUUUUGAAAUUUCAACUGACAUACACACGGUUCCCUGACUCUUCUAGAUCACGGGAACACAUAUAAUAGCUCGAUUUGACGUAUCGUGACUGUGCUACGACUUAUUGAAUGGAGUCCGCAAUGUACUCAAGAUGGCGCGCCACAGACGAUCGCGAUCGUGUCGAAUACCACAUGUACAAGGGGGUUCCUCUCCCUAGCCACCUCGACCCUAAAGACAUGGACGACAUUCAGGACUUCACCGUUCGAGACGACGAUGUCUUCAUUAUAACGUACCCAAAGUCAGGGACAGCUUGGCUACAGCGCAUCGUGUCUCUGCUUCACUUUGGUGGUGACGUGUCAAAAACUGACCGGAAAGAACAAGACGAACUGGUUCCUUACUUUGAACAGAAGGUUGGAGACAGCGCCACCUUUCGGAAACUAACUGAAGUGCCUUCACCAAGAAUGAUGAAAAGUCAUCUUCACUUUAGUCACGCGCCAGUACAACUCACGCAGGGGAAAGGGAAAGUUAUUUACGUCGCCAGGAACCCCAAAGACCUUGCAGUGUCCUACUAUCACUUCCACUUCUUGUGUUCAACACUUAAAACUCCCACAUCCUGGGAACAGUUUCUACAGGAGUUUGUCAAUGGAGAAGUAAGCAGGGGAGCCUGGCACGACCACGUGCUGGGUUGGUGGAAACAUCAGGACCUGCCAAACGUGUUGUUCCUCCGGUACGAGGACCUGCAAAAGAACACCCGGAAGGAGGUGGAGAAAGUGGCAGAGUUCCUGCAGUGGCCCGUGACCCCGGAAGUGAUUGACAAGGUCGUUGAACAGAGCACAUUCCAGAAAAUGGCGACAAAUCCUGCCACGAACAAAGUUGCAGGAAAGGGCGCCAAAUCAGGAGUCUUUGACUUCUCCAAGGGAACUUACUUUAGAAAAGGUGUAGUUGGUGACUGGAAGUCUCUUUUCAGUGACGAACAGAGCCAAUGGUUUGACACCUUCUACCGGGAAAAACUUGGGCCAACUGGACUUCACUUUGACUUUGAAUGAUAGAAGAAAAUAAAAUAUCAGGCUUAUAAAAAAACAAAAGUUAAUUGCGACUGUCUCAUCUUUCAUAGCAUGCAGCAGAUACUCGGGCGAUGCUGAAAUUUGGCUAGCUCUGACCAAAUGGACUUUGAAUUCCAAUGAUAAAAGAACAUAUUUGCAUGCCUGUGGGGUCUAAUCUUUCCUUUAUACUCUGUGCUAUUCUAAUUGGU